CCUUCAUCGGCCCACCUUCGUCCUCUUCGAGAGCGACUGCAAUAGCCGCCACCAUUUGCUCUAUCCUUCCCCUGCACAGACCCAAAUCAACCCGCCUCUGCUUCUGCUUUAGGCUCUACCGAAUUGGCGUCAUGAAUCAUGAGGUCAGCACGCACCGCCAGUGCGGGGUAGGAGACGCGUAGGUGAGGAGGAAAAAAGACGGGUUUUUGAUGCUCGAGUUCGGCCAAGGGCUUGAUUUUUUGGCUUCUAGAAAAAUCAAGAAAGAUCCGAUCUUUAGAAGUUAGGGUUUUGGGCGAAGGUAUUCCCUUUAUCUUUUCAAAAGCCUCGAUUAGUUCCUCUUUCUGGAAUAAAGGAGGUAUUUCGGUGCGAUUCGGGCUUUCGGUAUAGUGGCAUAGGUUUUCCCCUUUCAUGAUUGAUAAACAAUCGAUCUAAACCUUAAUAUGAUCGGCGAUCCAGAACUUGUUAUAGAAUAAUCGGUCGUGGAAUUCGAUUUCCUGGCAACAGUUCUUCUGUGAGCCGUGAAAAUGGAGAAGCCGCCGAGAGUUGGAGCCUUGGAGAAGUUGCAGAGCUUUCGGCUGGGGAAGCAAAAGAGUUUCCGUUCGGGAGAUAGACAACAAAGCUUCAAAGAAAGGAAGAGCAAAGACAGCCCCGGCAAGCGAGGGGAUCUGGAGCUCCAUCUCGCUGCUAGGGCUGGCAACGCAUUGCGUGUGCAGAAGAUACUCUCAGAGUGUAAUGAGGCUCAGUUGAAGGAUUUGAUUUACAAGCAGAACCAGGACGGCGAGACGGCGCUGUAUGUUGCUGCAGAAAAGGGCCAUGUCGAGGUGGUUCGGGAGAUACUGAAAGUCUCAGACAUUCAAUCGGCUGGCAUCAAGGCGAACAACAACUACGAUUCAUUUCACAUUGCUGCUAAGCAGGGACAUCUUGAAAUCUUGAAGGAUAUCUUGCAAUCUUUCCCACCAUUAGCCAUGACGACGAAUUCAUUAAAUUCUACGGCAUUGGACACGGCUGCAACUCAAGGAUAUGUAGAUAUUGUUAGUCUUCUGUUAGAAACUGAUGCAGGCCUUGCUAAGAUUGCAAAGAGUAAUGGGAAAACAGUUUUACAUUCUGCUGCGAGAAUGGGACGUGUGGAUGUGGUGAAAGUGCUGCUAGAGAAAGAUCCUAGCAUUGGCUUAAGGACCGAUAAGAAGGGACAGACAGCAUUUCACAUGGCUGCAAAAGGCCAAAAUGUUGAGAUGUUAAUGGCAUUGCUGAAGCCUGAUCAUUCAGUAAUCCAAUUGGAAGAUGGUAAAGGAAACAGACCGUUGCAUAUCGCUACAAGGAAGGGCAACCCGAAGAUUGUGCAAGCUCUGUUACAAGUGGAAGGAAUUGAGGUCAAUGCAGUGAAUAAAGCAGGUGAAACUGCCCUCAGCAUCGCAGAAAAAGCUUCGAAUGAAGAUAUUGCGGCCAUUCUAAGAGAAUUUGGUGCGGUCGUUGCAAAAGAACCGGCAAGCACAACGACAGCCGCAAAGCAACUGAAGCAAACGGUCAGUGACAUAAAACAUGAUGUUCAAUCUCAACUCAAGCAAACCUGUCAAACAGAACUGAGGGUGCAGAAGAUCAGGAAGAGACUUAAAAAGCUCCACCUCGGAGGCCUCAAUAACGCCAUCAAUUCAAAUACCGUGGUUGCAGUGCUCAUAGCCACUGUGGCCUUUGCAGCGAUAUUCCAACUUCCGGGCUCGUUUGUCGAUCAACCGCAACCGGAGUUUACUCUUGGACAAGCCUACAUAGCAGACAAUGCAGCAUUCAUCAUAUUUCUGGUCUCCGAUUCCUUGGCUUUAUUCAUCUCGCUAGCUGUGGUGGUCGUCCAGACUUCCUUGAUUGUCGUAGAGCAGAAGGCAAAGAGGAGUAUGGUUUUCGUGAUGAACAAACUGAUGUGGCUGGCCUGCCUCUUCAUAUCUAUUGCCUUCAUCUCGCUAACAUUCGUCGUCGUGGGAAAGCAAGAUCUGUGGUUGGCUUGGUCAACCAUGGCUAUUGGAGCUUCAAUUAUGCUGACAACUUUGGGAUCAAUGAUCUACUUUGUAAUUGUUCACAGAAUAGAAGAGAAGAACAUGAGAAACAUAAGGAGGAGGAACUCAGGGAGCAGAUCCCAUUCCUUGUCCAUGUCGGUGGCUUCUGACUCGGAGUUACUAAAUAGCGAGUACAAAAAGAUGUAUGCUCUGUAGGAUGGAUGUGUAUAUAUACUUCCAUCUCUCCACCUGAAUAGCUAGCUAGCUAUUCAGAAUCCUGAGGUUCCUAAUGUAGAAUAAAUGUUUGAGCUUUAAUGAAAACUUAGAGAGGCAGGCAUUUUAAAGAAA